AAGAUAAACAAGCCUGCUAUAUACAACAGCAAUCAGAAGACGCUAUAUGAGUUUCUUAUUUAUUGCAGAGUAUAUUUCUUGUACUAUGCAAUCCAGUUUAUUAUAGAGUUCGAGAAAGUUAUUCUUGCAGAAACUUAUUUUGAAAAGAAUGCUCUUAUUUAA